AUGCGAGGUAAAGGAGCUGUGGGAAGGGAAUGUUUUAACUCACUCAAGCCAAUGCGCCUUCUUGAACGAAAGAGAGUGAAGUUUGAUGGUAAAGAGAGAAGGAGAUUGGUGAAACAGAGAACCAGUCCAGCGCACGGAAAAACAAUUUCUGAGGAGUCAAAGUCAGGUCGAGGUUAUGAGCACAACUGCCUCGUGUUGUUGAAGAGAAAAUUGCAAACAAUCAAAGCAGUUGUGAGUACAAUAAGGGGGGCGGGGGAAAAGCGGCAAUUGGGGCGCGGUGGAGGUGGAAGGGGAAGGCAAAGGAUGUGGGGCCCUGGGUUACAUACUGAGAUGCAUUAG